CCAGAAAAUUCACGAAUCCAGAGAGAGAGAGAACAAAACAGAACAGAAGACAAGAGGGUAGAUAUAGGAAGGGUUGGGUUAGGAACUGGGAUUCGUUCUUCCUUCCUUGUUCCUUCUAUCCUCCGUGUGAAGGGCAGCAGUCCGAUCACUGGCGAGUGGCGACUCUGACCUUUCACUCUCAUUCACACGUGUUUACGUAGAUUAGAUCGUCCCCCCCCCCCCCCCCCACGAUUUUUGCCCCCAAUAACUCUCUCAGUCUCCCUGUUUCUCACGCUUCUUCCGACUCUAAUCUUUAGCUGGUUUCAUAUCCAGGUAAGGAGUUGAGCUCUCGAUUCUUUGGAUUUGAUUGCACGGAAAUCAAAUUUUGAGACCUCAAAUUUUCUGCUGGAUUUGACAAAUCUGAAGUUUUACAGUUGUUGUUGCCUCCAUUGAAAUUCAUCACCAGAAAAUUCUGAUUUUUAUUUCUAGUUUUCACUGUGUCUCUCCUUUUCUCCAAAAUUCCACCACCUAUCUUCCAAGCUUUCUAUUUCUUCUUUCCUAAGUUUCUUUCAUUUCUACUCUCUUCUUUCUAUUAAUUGCCUCUGUCUCUGUUUCCUUCUCAAGACCCAGUUCAUCUUUCUCUAUACGAGAACAAGAGGUUUUAUCAUUCAAAUUCAUGGAAGAAUCAAAACCCAGUUCCAGAAACCAAUUAUAAACGAUCCAUUUCAUAUUCGUAAGGCCCUGCAGACAGAUACAAAGAAACAGAAAUCUAAAUUAAGAGCUCCGUUCAUUUCUGAAAAGACAUGCAAGAUCCCUCGACGUUUCAACCAGUGAAGCCCCAUUUUCCGGAGCAAGAGCAGCUCAAAUGCCCUCGUUGUGAUUCAACCAACACCAAAUUUUGUUACUACAACAACUACAAUCUCUCCCAACCUCGCCAUUUCUGUAAGAAUUGCAGGCGCUAUUGGACUAAAGGCGGCGCCCUCCGUAACAUCCCAGUUGGUGGUGGCAGUCGCAAGAACACGAAGCGUUCCUCCAACCCCAAACGCUCCACGUCGUCUUCUUCAACCCAGAACGCAGCAGUUCCGAAGCCAGAGCCUACCGGAACUUUCAGCCCGCCGGUAACCACCAUCGAUCAUGAUCGCCGGAUGCUCGACAUCUCAGGGAGUUUCAGCUCACUGUUGGCCUCAAAUGGGCAAAUGGGGAACCUGUUAGACGGUUUGAAUCCAAGCAGCUCGGGUACUCGCACGUUGCAGUUUGGAGAAUUCGCAGAGAAUUCAAAUUCAAGUUCAAUUGAAAACUCCACCUUAGAGUUGCAGGGCAACAACAAUCAAGAGAGCUUCUUGGGCAUUCAGGAUGGCGAUUCCAGCUGUUGGGGUAGCGGAAAUGGGUGGCCUGAUCUCGCCAUUUACACACCAGGUUCGACCUUUCAGUAGGAGAAAAACCAGAAAAAAAAAAAAAAGAAAAAGAAAAGAUGGGAAAGAACACCUUUUGUUUCUUUUUUAUCUUUGUUUUCAAUCUAUUUUAUUUUCUUUUUUGUUUGGUGGAGCUGCUCUACAAAUCUGAUCUGAUAGCUAUUUAGCAAAUUAUGGUAAUGGAGAGAUGAAUACGAAUGACUCCGGCGUAUGUUAGCGUUUUCUGAUGCCUUAUUGGUGACAUUCCAUUCUAUGACACUAGCAUUUCAUAUUUCGUGUUGUUUUCUUUGUGUUUUCUUUCUGGGGCUUGUUUGUUUGUGUGUGGAGAAAAUGGGCUAUUAUGGGAAUGUUUUCUCUGUUCUUUGGAAUACAUAUAUCAUGUAUUACCAUUAUUGGCAUACUAUGUAUAUAGAUGAAUACAACUAGACAUGGUCAUAGGGUUCAUUUCAUUGAUUGAUCAUGGGUUUGUGGAUUUCGUGAAUGUAAAUCCAUUGAUUGCUCUA